AUGGCCGGGGCCGGGCCACCCACCAGGAGCGCCCGACAGCCCCGGGCCGCCGCUAAGGGCCGCCAGCUCGUUUUUGAGGUGAAUCAUCGGCUUAUUUACCGUCCGUUGUGGCAUACUCGGAAGGGUUUGGCUGAUGAACUUACUCUCCCAAAAGCGGGAGCUGGCGCCCUCUUCAACUCGAUAGCUGUAACCAGCGGAGGAGCUCUUAUAGAUCAGCGUUUAUCAUACAAUGUGUGGAGAACCGUCCAGCAUGUUCAGAAGGCUGGCGUAGCUUCUUCUUCUGUUAUGAACACACUUCUUGGCUGUUCUUCUGACAAAGUCAAAGGUGUCACAAUUUCAAAAGGUGAAUCGAAGACUUUCUGUGACCCAAUCAAGAACCACGCAUCGAUUUUUGUUGCUCAAACCCACUACCUCCCUAUGUUCGGCGGUGAACUCGAAAUGGUUUCAAAUUAUGUCCUGCCGACCUCAUGGGCUUCUGGGCGUCGUCCGCAACAUCGGUCCUCGACUCACAUCUUCUCUUUGAAAGUGUGGAACUUGUUCUUUCAAGAAUUAGUGAAUAAAAUUCACGGGGGCGUUCUAACAUUCGAAGGUCAAGGGUACGGUGUUUCGACAAACACCCUUGCUCAGGUUUCGGGGCAGGCUUACACAAAUGCGCAAAAAGUAGAUUUUGUUAUGACCCCUAAGACAACACAAAACGGCACAAGUCUCAGUCGUCCUCAUAAUGAUGUAAAAUCUGUCUUUGUCAAGAAUUACCUCACAUCCUAUGGUCUUCUCAGUAAUGGUCAACUCGUAGAAGCUACGAGAAGUUGUCGCGCGAGUGACGCUGAGGCUUUAGCGAUGUCUCUCAUUGAGCUAAAUAUGCUUGAUGACAUCGAACAAGCUGGACUAGUUUACAAAGACCAAGCUGAACUUUCCGUUCUUUCGUUGGUUCUCUCAGCCUUUGUUCUUUCAAGAACGGAAAUGAAAAAAAACUGUGCUCGGGGCGUAAUUUUGUCAACGCUACCAACAGUCUCCAGCUCGAUUUUACUCCUGCGUCAGGCAACGAUCAAACAGUCACCAUUGACAUUAUCACAUAUUAUCGAGGGUAGGUUAAUGUUUCCCUUAACGGAUUCUUGA